AUGGAAAAGAAUGAUGAUUCUCCAGAAGAUGUUAAACGAGCUACUUCCGUCGAUCGUGAAAUAAAAAGAGGACAAAAGGAUGACACGUUUGAAGGUUAUCCACGAAUAGUAAAAAAAAAGAAAAGAUGGGAACACUGUGAUAAACCAUCUUCAAAAAAAACUAAGCAUGCAGAAAAAUCGAACGACGAUUGCUGUCAGAAACAAAGAGAAAGAAGGAAAAGGACCGCAAAAUUCGCAAUGGUUUCGGUGUUUGGAGAACCCUGUACAUUUCCAAAGUUGGAUAUUAUACCUAGACAUUGUUUGACGAAACAGGAUUAUAUUGAUAUGUUAGCGACACCUAGUCGAAAAUGUCCGCCGGAUUGUCACAAAAAGAUGGUGCUUAAGAAAUUAAAACCAGUUUCACCGCGAAUCAAAGAAUUGGCUCAACCGACAAGACAACGAAUGUUAAUGACUUUACAAUAUGGCGCGUCGAUAUUACCCCCAGCUCUUUUGGAUAACCUCGUACGAACCGUGGAGAAUGAAACUUGUUUAACACCCGAACAAGCCGCAACAAUUUCGAACAAGAAGAAGUCCCGUGGAAAGAAAAGGAAAGGAAAAACGGAUAAGUGGCAAUAUAAAGAGGCAAGCAAAUCAAAAAGAACAAAUGUCGGUGUUGCGAGUACAGGAUCUUUCGACAGAGAUUCAAUUUGUUGCCAAUAUCUUAUGGCUGAACGUUUCGUUCGAAGUAUUUUGAAAUGGAAAUGUUCAUUUCCUAACUCCGAAUUCAACGAUGUUGCGGAAGUGAUAGUUGGACGACUCUCAGAUGUUCUUGAACAUAAUCCUUCGCAAAACGAAGAUCGUAAAUCGCAACAGGUACGUUAUCUGGCCGAUGUAAUAGCCUGUUGGAUAACUGGAGUGUUGUCCGAGGUUGCGCAACAACAAGAGGAGAAGCUCAUUGAACGAUGUAGGAAGAAAGAAGAGCAAAUGAAAAUAGAUAAAGAAGAGGAGGAGGAGGAAGAAGAUGAGGAAGAGGACGAGGAUAAGGACAAAACUAAAAGGAAGUACGAAGAGGAAGGUGAAGAAUACGAAACAGAUAUUGGCUCGGAAGAGGAUACAAAAGUGGUAGAUGACACAGAGAAAGAGAUAACACACGAGUUGGACGAAUUAGUAAUAGAAGAUGAAGAAUACGAGGAAAAAAGUAAAGAUGAACCAGAAGAGGCAGAAGUAACAGAAGUAGAAUUAGCAGUGGAUAUGGAAACAGAAACUCAAAUCGAACCAGAAGAACAAAUGGAAACCGAGAUACAAACGGAACCCACAGCGCAAGUUGAAGAGGAAGUAGAAGCACGACCGGAUAUGGAAAUAAUACCAGUACCGGAACCGGAACCGGAACCGGAACCGGAACCGGAACCGGAACCGGAACCGGAACCGGAACAGGAACCGGAACCGGAACCGGAACCGGAACCGGAACCGGAACCGGAACCGAAGCCGGAACCGGAACCGGGGCCGGAAACAGAACCAGAACCAGAACCGGAACCAGAACCAGAACUAGAAUUAGAACCGGAAACGGAACCGGAACCAGAACCGGGACCAGAACCAGAACAAGUACAAGAAUCAGAACCAGAAGCAGAACUAGAACCGGAAACGGAAACGGAAACGGAACCGGAACCGGAACCAGAAGCAGAACCAGUGCGGAAACCUGAAUCAGAAGUAGAACCGGAAAAGAUUGAAGUUGAUGAAGAGAAAGACCAAGUCGUAGAUGUGGAUGCGGCGAAAAACGACGAAAUUACAAAAUUAUUAGAAGAGAAAAAAAUCGAAGUAAAAAUAUCGCCAGAAAAGAUUGAAAAAGAAUUACCCAAAGAUACAGAUGUUAUCAAAGGUCUAGAAGAAUUAUUGAAAACGGAUCUUCCUUUCCUUACGUUCGACAAAAUUAUCAAUACUAUUUCUAAGAUGAUCGAAAGUACUCCAGAAAACACGGGUGAAGAUCCAAUAACAAAUGGUAUACAUCGUGCAAUUUACGAAAAGUUGAGUAAUAUCGUGAGGUUGGAAGAUCCGAAUCUUUUAACGGAAGAAUUAAAGACUAUUAUGAACGUAGUAUGUGGAAAGAUCGCAAACUGGUUAAGAACGAUAUUAAGUAAAUCACAAAUUGCAUUCAUGGAACAAUACAUGCCGGAAGUAGAGUCAAAAGAAAUUAGGGACUGGACUAGAUGGUUGGCCUAUAUCAGCGAUGUAGCCAAGGAUUGGAAUGUAUGGUUACGUAACGUAAUCGAGAAGAUAUUGGAAAUGGAGAGUGAGAAGAUAACUCGUGGAGAAUGGCAGGAUUGGACAAAAUCUUUCGAUACUAAGGCUUUACUUUGGAGGCGGUUCCACCUACAAACUAUGCAUCAGGCGCAUCGCAAUGUUACUAUGUUGAUUGGUCGUCGUGUUGUUAAAACAGGAACAAAAGGAAUGAUACCCGAUACUUCCGAGCAGCUAAUUAACGCCACCGACUUGCACGUUUGA